CGUCGCCAUUUUGGAUUGACUUGGCUCACUGGGAGAAGAUAACGCUAGCUAGCAGACUGGCCUGACCACCGGUGCAAGUAGAAGAAUUGCUCAGAGGACACUGGGUUGUCCUGGCAGUCUUCAUUGUUGUGACCACAUAAAGAGUGGUGUGAGGAGUGCAGCAGUCUGCCCCGCUCAUUCAGCUAGUUAGCAGCUGCAGCAAAGCAGAUGUGACGGCUAACUAGCUAGCUGAGUUAGCUAGCUGUGCAGCACCGGCUUUGAGGAGGGCGAACAUCAGCAUCAGUCUGCACGCCCCGACCGACCUCUUAACCUCUUUGUUGGCCGUAUAUGUAGUGAGGCAACCAGUGUGACGCUAGUUCCCAGACGUAUCACAAGGAGAAAUGUAUCAACUCCCAGUGAAUAACCUCACAAGAAUCCGGAGAGCUAGGAAACAAGUGAAGAAAGCACUUGAAGACAUUGGACUGGAGUACUGCAAGGAGGCAGCAGAGGAGUUCAAAGAGUUUUGCCCUAAUGAGCAAUUUGUUAAGAGCAGUCUUUGCCUUGAUAUCUGCGCAUGGGAUCCAUCAUACUCUAAAACACAGGAAUACCGAUCGAAGCCAUUUUGCUGCACAGAGUGCUCAUUUUCUUCCAAAUACUACUCAGGCUACAAGAAUCACUUCCGCAAUGUACACAGGAAAAUCUUUGAUAGUAAAAUACUGCUCAACUGUCCAUACUGCACAUUCACUGCAAGCAAGAGAACUUUGGAGACGCAUGUUAAAAUAUUCCACAUACCUAGUUCAGCACGGCAGAACUAUGGAAACCCACAGGGAGUUGGACUGGCAAAGAACAACAAAACAUAUGGCAGACAGGGAGACGGUGUGGAGAAGGCAAUGUACUUUUGCAAAAAAUGCACGUUUCGGGACAGUCUCUACAAUGUUGUGAGAAGGCACAUUUACAGGGAACAUUUUCAGCAUAUUGUCUCACCGUAUCUUGGUAUGGUUUCAGAAUCAUCUGUCAAAAAUGGUGCUAAUUCUGUCAAUGGCAACAACAUCCUCUGUAAACGCUGCCAGUUUUCCACUCGUAGCUACGAGGCUCUAGUACAGCAUGUUAUAGAGUACCAUGAGCGCAUUGGUGCUCAGGUAACCACCAUGAUUGGACAUGCUAAUAUUCUUGUGUCAAGGACCCAAACCUUACCAGUUGUAACUCAGAAGACCCCUGUGGUCAUUAGCAGGGGCCACACACCUAGAGCUGACUCAACAGCACAACCAGUAAUUGGCUAUUUAAAGCCAGUGGCCCCUGUUGUUAAACAUCAGUCUUCCAUCGCAACCAGUCAGCUUCGUGGCACAGUUCCUGGCAACAGCACUGUGGCUGAAAAUAAUUCUGCGGGUGUAAACACAGCGCAGACACAGAAGUGGAAGAUAUGUACAGUUUGCAAUGAGCUCUUUCCUGAAAACCUCUAUAAUGCUCAUUUUGAGAACGCACACAAGGCAAAGAAAGUGUGGGCACUGGCCAAGUACAUCAUGAAAAUCCACAACUUCACCAGCAAGUGUUUACUUUGCAACCGCUAUCUGCCCAGCGACACACUGCUUAACCACAUGCUAAUCCACGGGCUCACCUGUCCACAGUGCCACUCUGCUUUCCACAGUGUUGAGAAAAUCAUGGAGCAUGUGGCUCAGGCUCAUCCUGAUGACUUUGUCGGACCACCUGGUGCAUCACCUCUUACCUUUGAUCUCACCAUUAAACAGGAGAAGUCCAGUAACGUACAACUUGUUGUUCUCACUUUUAACAUGAAGGAAUCUGUCAAUGGUCAAGAUCAGUUGGCGCCUGCUCAGAACAGUGUUCCACCUCCGGUCAAAGUCACCGCUCCCAGAAUGAUUGAGAAGACGAGUGAACCACUUGCUGCUAGAAGUUUCCCCUCAGCGACUCACAAGAGUGAGGUUGGGAAGACUCUGUGUCCGCUGUGUUUCACCAUCCUCAAAGGUCCCAUCUCUGAUGCUUUGGCCAUGCAUCUGAGGGAGCGACACCAAGUGCUCCAAACAAUGCAUCCUGUUGAAAAAAAAAUGACGUACAAGUGCAUUCAUUGCCUGGGGGUGUACACCAGUAACAUGGUAGCCUCCACAAUCACGCUGCAUCUUGUGCAGUGCAGGGCUGUUGGUAGAACCCAUGUAGGUCAAGGCUUCAAGUCUGCCUUGACUCUCAACUCGUCUGGGGCUGGCUUUCUCAAGAGGCAGCCACCAAUGCAGGCCAUGUCCAACCCCAAGAAGAUGAAACUGAGCAAAGAGUCAAAGAUUUCCUGCACAACCGUUGGAAGUCAGUCUGAAUCUGAUGGCCUUGCUCUGGAUCCUAGGAGCUACGAGCACAAGACGUAUGAGGCCAGGAAAAAUUUCCUGACGUCCUACUUCAACCGGCGACCAUACCUUUCUUCUCAGGAAGAGGAGAAGCUGUCUGCAAGUCUGUGGCUGUGGAAAUCUGACAUUUCUAGUCACUUUGCAACCAAGCGAAGGAUGUGUGAGAGAGAAUGUGAGACCAAGAAGGUGUCUGUGCUGCUCGGCUUUGACAUGCAUGCUGUCAAGAAAGUUAAACAUGACUUGAUCUUUGAGGAGAGCAAGGUUGAAAGCACCUCAGUGGGGAGAUCUGGAGGCCUCAAGUCUGGUACUCCAAACACAGACCAAAACAGACAAUGUGAGACACUGAACUGUACCUUAAAACUCGUAAGCACGUGCACAGAGACCAUUUCCAUUGAUUCAGACAGUGAACCAGAAACAGAGGAUGGACCUACUGAGAAUGGAAAUGUUGACACAAACCAACACGAGAAUGUUAAAUCCCAGAAGCCAGCAAAUAUGACAGAAGAGACAGAAGCUGUGAACACGGAUGAUCCUCAGAGAGACAAGGAGAGCACUUUGCAAGAUGGGAAAGCAAACGCUUGGAUGACGUUCUGUUAGUGUCUCUGCUUGGCAGUGUCACUUCUGAAGGAGUGUAUGAAUUAAGACAAAGAAAAACGAAAAAGGUCUUCACACAGUUACAAAUCACAAAUAUGAGGACACAUGGCAUGGGUCAUUAAAUCUCCAGAUGUUUCCAGGGUUGGAAGGAAGGAAAAAUGUUACAUUAUAGUACAUAGGUAUAUGGCAUAUGUAAGUGACAUUGUAUAUAUUUUAGCCAUUGAUCUUUGUUAGAUUCUUCAUACAAUCUGUGUUAUUCACCUUUUAACUGUCACAAGAUUUAAGAAACAGUUAUGCCAACCUCCCUACUUCCAUAGUUUUUUCUCAACUGUGAUAAAGAACUGUAACAUAUUGUCAUUUCACAUUUAGAAAGUGUAGGAUAUGCUUAUUGCUUAUGUACACGUUUUAAUAAAUAUGUUUGUUUAAUAAAAA